UUGAUUCUUUUUAUCUGUACUCGGAGACGUAACGUUUAUCUCAUGGGGGUAGAAGUUUUUACUUUUUAAUAAUUGCCAGCAAACUGCAAUUCUGGAAGUCAUUAAAACUAAAUUAGCAAAUCGGCGAGUGCGGCUUUCGUAGAAGCCCUCCAUUUAGGCGUGGGAUUUACACCGGUGGCACCCAUUGCAUCGCUUCAAGGGCAGAAGAUCUGUGCAUUCAAAUAAGCCAUUGUGACACUGUUAUUUUUGCAUUUCUUGCCUUCCUGUUUACAUUAACAAUGUAUUUUCGCCCACAUACCUGCCAUUAACUGGAUUUUUUAUUUGUUUAUUGCGCCAUUCUUUGUCAACUCUAGACACUAAAGUAUGUGAAAAUCCCAAGGAAGGCGGCUGUUUCUGAGAUACUGGAACCACCACGUCUGGCACCGACAAUCACACGCAUUCAAAUUGCUUGGAUCAAACAUCUUGGCCAUUGUAAUGCGGAGCCAAGCACCUUGUCUGUGUGCAUGUAAUACCUCAGGUGGAGGAGCAGGCUGUUUGGUUUGACAACAAACUCGCCUCGGUGGCCCAGAAAGCUAUAUGACAGGAGCAGGUGGCGGCGGCGUGUCCCGGGGAAACGGCGGGGUGACGAGCGUAGCGGUGAAAGGCGCUGUGAACACCUGGCGAAACAGUACUUAUCUCCUCAUUCUUUUCACAAUGGGGAAUGGAUUUUCCGACCGGCCCGCUAUUUUCCCGAAGCUGCCGACUUUCCAGGCACUUCACAUUGUGAUCCUUGGGCUGGACUGCGCUGGAAAGACAACGGUCCUGUACAGGCUGCGCUUCAACGAGUUUGUGAACACGGUGCCCACCAAAGGAUUUAACACGGAAAAGAUCAAGGUGUCAGUGGGCGGGUCCCGGGCCGUGGCGUUCCACUUCUGGGAUGUAGGCGGGCAGGAGAAACUGCGGCCGCUGUGGCGGUCCUACACGCGCUGUGCGGACGGCAUCGUCUUCGUGGUGGACUCGGUGGAUGUGGAGCGUAUGGAGGAGGCCAAGACGGAGCUGCACAAGAUCACGCGGGCGGUGGAGAACCAGGGCGUCCCCGUGCUGGUGGUGGCCAACAAGCAGGACCUACGCAGCGCACUACCGCUCUCCGAGGUGGCAAAGCUGCUAGCGCUGAGCGAGCUGGGUGCUGCCACACCUUGGCACCUGCAGCCUGCGUGCGCCAUCAUCGGCGACGGCCUCGGUGAAGGCCUAGAGAGGCUCCACGACAUGAUAGUCAAGCGCAGAAAGUCACUGCGGCUGCAGAAGAGGAAGAGAUGAGCGCAUCUCCGGGACCGUGUGCUGGGGGCGGCGCCAACCCCUCCCGCUCCUUUCUGGAUCUGAGUCUCAUUCUCCGGCGCUGGGCAGUGGCGUUCUGGUUAUGGCUGAGUUUUAUCAGUCCAAGUUAAACUUGAGUCCUUGUCCAGGCAAACCCACAGGCCUAGAUGAACUCGAGACGGUGCCAUUCGGACUGUAUGGUGCCACGCUGACGUCGGAUCAGUGACACGGCUCACGUUAUGAAAGGAGGAUGGGGUUCUGCCUUAUGGUGAACGUGGCGAGUAGUGUUUACACGUUUCUCCAACAAACACUGUACUUGAGGUGUUACAUGAUGUAAGAGGCGCAUGAAUACAAAUUCAUUGUUCUGUUUUUUAUUUAAAAAGAAAAGAAACCAUAAAGUAUUAAAGCAGUAUUCUACCGAAGAUGAUGAUGUAUAACUGACAGCGUGGAGUUCUGCAGGAUACGUGGUCAUGUAUUUUAAAAAAGUCCCAGAAUGUCCUUUAGGAAUUAGUUUAACGAACGUUUCAUUGGAUUAUUGAAGAGUUUCCACACACCUGUUGAAUGAAGCAAGUCUUCCUUAGUUUUGUUGCACAGGGGGGUUGGGGGUAGGGUGGGAAAAUGCAUUAAGGGCUGCAAUAAGCUAGUGUAUGGGGCUUUAGGGCAUUUUACAGAACCUCAACCAAAUAUAGGGGGUAAGCCAGCAUAUGUGUGGAGUACAGUAUUGUUGAUAGACAAGUGCCAUUGGAUCCGCUGGAUUGGGCAGUCCACUUAGGGCCCCCCCCCCCCACUAAGGGAGGAUCAGAUUGGUAUGACCUGCUGAUUUGUCCACUUAAGGUGUUUUGGCGUUGGCACCUGUGCGCACUUUAAAUGACCCCUUACUGAUCUCUGUGUGUCACUUCUACACCAUAUGGGAUUUUUCUAUGAGAUUUCAAGGAAAGUGUAAAAGGAAAGGUUUUUAAUCAUGCGGUAUGCCGUUGGCAAACAGUCACUGAGUGUCAGGUGGUUUACGUGAGUUCAGUUUGUUCAUCUUGAAUAAAGUCACCGCUGUAUACACCAACCUGAAA